ACGCUGCAGAAUGGACGCUGUUUCUGAAGCCAAUGGAAACUUUGCCUUCCGCCUCUUCAAGGAACUCAGUCGAGACAACCCAGACAACAACGUGUUCUUUUCUCCCAUGAGCAUCUCCUCUGCUCUGGCCAUGGUCCUCCUGGGUGCAAAGGGCAACACCGAAGCCCAGAUGGCCCAGGCACUUUCUCUGAGCACAGGGAAAGGCACGCACCAGGGCUUCCAGUCACUUCUCGCCCACGUCAACAGGCCGGAUGCACAGUACCUGCUCAGGACUGCCAACAGGCUCUUUGGAGAAAAGACCUGUGAAUUCCUCUCUUCGUUCAAGGACGCCUGUGUUCAGUUCUACCACGCGGAGCUGGAGCAGCUUUCCCUCGCCCAGGCUGCAGAGAAGUCCAGGAAACACAUCAACGCGUGGGUCUCCAAGAAGACAGAAGGCAAAAUUAAUGAGCUGUUGCCAGCAAGUGCCGUUGGUGUUGCAACCAGGCUGGUUCUUGUCAAUGCUAUUUACUUCAAAGGUCGGUGGGACAACUUGUUUUACAAAACUUGCACAAAGGAAAUGCCUUUCAAGAUCAACCAGAAGGAGCAAAGGCCAGUGCAGAUGAUGUACCAGGAUUCCACGUUGAAAACCUCCUACAUCAAGGAGGUGCAGGCACAGGUGCUGGAGCUGCCCUACGAAGGGGAGGAGUUGAGCAUGAUUGUUCUACUUCCGGAUGACGGUGUGGAUCUCAGCGUGGUGGAGAAGAAUCUCACUUUUGAGAAGUUCACAGCCUGGACGAAGCCGGAGUGCAUGAGGAGUGCGGAAGUGGAAGUGUUGCUUCCCAAGUUUAAACUGCAGGAGGAUUACGACAUGGAGUCGGUGCUUCAGCAGUUGGGAAUCGUAGAGGUCUUCCAGCAGGGCAAGGCCGACCUGUCAGCCAUGUCAACAGAGGCAGACCUGUGCUUGUCUAAGUUUGUGCACAAGAGUUUCAUCGAGCUGAGUGAAGAAGGCACAGAGGCUGCCGCGGCAAGUUCUGCCAUCCUGGUUCUCGAAUGCAUGGAAUAUGGGGGACUCGAGUUUCGUGCUGACCAUCCCUUCCUUUUUUUCAUCAGGCACAACAGAACCAACAGCCUUCUGUUCUGUGGCCGAUUCUCAUCUCCAUAAGGGGUGCACUUCCUGUGCCUGGGAGAAUCCUCUUUCUGUGUCUCUAG